UAAGACAAGCUUACUGGCUUGCUUCCCCUAGACGCUGAAUUAAUAUAUGACGUCACGCUCGUGCGUCCAUCAUUUUCCUUGACCUUUUUAUACAAAUUUGAGGUAAACAAUGGAAAAUCAAGACAAAAUACAGACAGUUCUCGAGGAUUUCGAGAAGGAACCCGGGAAAGAGAUUCCUACAGUUUUGGAGGAAUAUCUUCAAACGGUCGCGAAAACUGGUAAAACAGUGUUCCAAUGGCCACUAUUAAAGACCUUAUUUGUUCAAAAGCUUGAGCAAGUAAUGGAUGAGUUUAAUAAAGAUAAUCCAUGUGAGCGUCCAACCCCCUACCCCAAUGUUGAGAAUGCCAAGUUUGAUGACAUGAGGAAAAGAAUUCUGGAGGCCAUGCACAGAUUUACCAGUGCCCCGUUCACAAUACAGAGAUUAUGUGAGUUGUUUUCACAACCGAAGAAGCAUUACACCCAAUGUGACAAAUUUCUAAGAGGCAUCGAAAAGAAUGUGAUGGUUGUUAGUACUGUGGAUCCACAAGGAAAGAAAAUAGUGUCGGAGUCCCGUGGGAUGGUGAAUGGCCUAGAUAUGAAUGGGUCCAGCCCGCAGAAUAAUGAACUUGACAUUAAUGAUGGCCAUCCCUUCGGUUCGAUACCCCAAGUGGAAUGGACCUCUGUUGGCCCGACAACUGUAUGGCCUAGUUCAAUGGAUGCUAAUGACUCAAACAGUUCCACCUCAAAUGAAGGUCUUGAGAAACUUAAUGAGAAUGAAGCGACAGUAAGGAACGACUCUGAUUGUGCCAGUAAUGAUAGUAUUAGAACUGAUUCAAAAGUUGGCUCUAGUGAUGAAGGGAACAAAAGUGUUGAUGAUGAUCGGAAAAGUCUAGGCAAAAAUGCAGAGGAGAAUGUUAACAAUAGUAACAGUGCGAAUACAGAAGACCAAAACUUAGUUGUUUCUGAUUGUGUUAAACUACCGCCAUCUUCAUCUUUAUUUUCAAGAAUUUCUGGACGUGUUAUAUCAGGUGAAACAAAUGAAGCUAAAGAAGUAACGUCUGAGACUGAUGCUAUUACAAACAGUGAUAUACAUGAAGCUGUAGACAUGCAAGCAGAAGCGCAUUCAGAAACAAAAUGUUCUAAUGAAGUAACAGAAGAAAAUAUAUCUAGUUCUGGGUCAUCUGAAGAGUCCAAAGAAGAAACAGAGCCAAGUGUUAAGCAACUGGAAGAUAAGAGGACUGAGGAAUUUGAGGACCAAGAGGAAGAGAGACCAGAAACUGCAUCGAAAAAAGAAACAAGCAGUUCAUUUGAUGACAAUACAGAUGAACCUCCUGAGAAAAGGAUGCGGUUGAGUACUGAGGAUUCGUCUGUGUCGAGUUCUGGUAGCCCAGGGGAGCAGCCAUCAGGAGAGGCGAGUGAUCAACAAAUAGGAGAAGCUGAGUCUACAACACAAGCAGAACAAUCAGAAUCCACACACACUACACAAGAAGAUAGCGGGAACAGCAACGAGGCAGAACCAUCAGCUGUACCUGAUGAGACACCUUCAGACAUUGGCCAGCCUAAUAGCUCCUCUAUACAGCCAGACCAAUCCAAUGACACCUUACAAAGCUGUGAUCAAACAGAAUCAGAGCCAAAUAAAGUAGCAGUAGAAAAGUCAGAUAGUAAAGUUGAGGAUUCAGAUAACUCAGGAAAGUGUGAAAGUACAAGUGAUGAUACGCAAGUAGCAGAAGAACACAAAGAGAAUCAGGCAGAAGUAAAAGAAGAAAACAAUGAAGCCAGUUCUGAAGCAUCAACAAGCAAAACUGAUGAUAUAUCAGCUGAUACUUCACAGGACGAGGUUGAAAUGGAGACAGAUAGCGCAUCAGAAGAAAAGAAUGCUGAAAAUGUUCCUGUUGUGGAUGAGAGUGAACCAAUGGACCAGGAAUGAGCCAGCCCUGUACAAACAAGCCAUACACAUUAUUUGACCGGACAAACAUAAUCUAUCACUAAAUCACUAUCACUAGAUCAAAAUAGAUUGAUACUAGAUAAUUUGGGUCAAUUUGUAUUUUAAUUUCAUGAGGUGAUAAAUGAAUAUCAUAAAUAAUGCCUAGUUUUGCCGACCACAUUGACAGAUUGAUGGGAACUAAUACGAGAUAUAUGUUGUUUGUGAUUUAUUUUGUUUUUAUUCUGGAGUGCCAGCUGUCUAUCCAUAGACAAUCAGCAUGUUGUCCAUGGAUUUGGGCAUGAACAAUCUAAACAAGUAUGGUACCCAUAGUAUACUAUUGAUUAUACGAAAGAGAAAAAUGGCAUCAAUAGUCUUGAUAUAUUUUUCAUUUGUGGAAAUCAGUUGUAGCAGACGGUCAAGGAAACGAUCACAUUUUAUUUUUAAAAUGAUCAUGCUAACACAAGAAUAGUUUGAGGGCUUAGUGCACGACUAUUGUAAUACCUUAUACUUUUAUGUGGAGUUACAACCAUGGUGCACUAAGUCAGGGAGUCAUGUAUGUUUCACAGUAUUUAUUUCUCAUUCAGCAAAGCUUGUACAUGCACUGGUAAUUCUUUUACAAGUUUGUACAUUUACCAUGUGGUAUUUUAUGAUUUUGUGAAUAUGGCAGUAUUUGUUACUCAGGCUCCAAGUACUUGGAUGUUCUCAAGUCACUUGUUAUAGGACCAGCCCUAGAAAACAUUUGGUAUAAAUUGUGUAUUGUUCUUCUUUUUUAAGUUUUGGAACUUUUAAAGGGCAUAACAUUACAGAUAUUGUGAUAAUCAUGAUAAAAAGUUAUUUCAGAAGGAAAUGAAAAUGUUUACACGAUUUAAUCGGCAUCAUUUCAUAUUGUCAGAUGAAUUAAUUUAAUUGUAACAUGGAUUGAUUUGAAAAACUCAAAUUAAGGUAUUUUGCCCAGUAAUAAGUUCUCUGAUAGUUUCAUUGUUUAUUGCAGCGAAUUUUACAAAACAGGUUAGUUGAUUGGUUUGAUCAAAGUUACCCAAAAUGUUUAUUGAUUGGUCAAUAUUUUAUCGUGAAAUUACUUUAAACCAAUCAGAUCAUUUCAAUUUGCAUUCUAGCCCAAAACUAACAGGGCAAUAAGGUUAAUAAAAAAAUAAUUGAAAAGGCAUAGUAUUAAACUAUUAUUGUUCAGUUUCAGUAAUUGUAAAAAAUUGUGACAUGCAGUAGGGGUUGUUUUAGUUAUAACAUUUCCUUCAUUUACGUCGGAAUGUUUCAAAAAUUAUCAUUACAAGAUUGGUAUGUGAAGUAACAUUGACUGAUAUAUAUAUGGAUACAUUUUGCAGGAUAUGAUGUCAGUACCUCAUUGUUUUAACUUCAAAUCUUCUGUUUAGUUCUGUCACUGUAUAUUUAGCAAACAAAUUUGUGUAGUAAGAAAUGUCAAAAUAAACAGUGAACUUUUA